AUGACUUUGCUUGUAGGUCAAUCAAGUGCUUGCAUUGCUGGUGACCUUUGUUACGCCGCAACCCAGACCUAUGCCCUUAUGGUUGCUGCCAUCGACUGGGUUUUCCUAGCCGGUGCGAGUAAGGGGAAAUUAAAAGUACUAUAUGGUGUAGGCAUGAGGGAGUAUGUUUGUGAUUCAGAGGCGGAGCAUCAAGUUCUUGCUGAGCAGAACAAGAUUCUGACCUGUGAGAAAGCCGUUUUAAAGGAUCAAGUGGCUACUUUGACAGACCGGUCAGAGCGACUUGAGGACCAAGUGAGUUCUCUCACUCAAGAGAAGGAUGUGUUGGCAAGUAGACUGGCAAGAUGGGGGUGGUUCGUGUGGUUGACAGGGUCAUCGAGAGCACUGAAGCCCUUGGUUUUAGGAAUGGGAAGGCUACUGAGUAGUUGCUCCACAUCUUCCGGUAAAUCUAACGUUCUAGAUCCUGACCAAGUGGUGAGCCGGCCCAAGGAGGUCAACACUGCCCUUACAUCUUUUAUCAGUACGGAUUUUGCUGGCCUCCUCCAUUUAGGGGAGCUAGAUUAUGAUGGUUUCCAUCAGUUUUGUGGCAAGCUGAGCCUGGGAUGUUCUUCCUUAGAAUCCGAGGGCUAA